AUGCUGCCGCAGCUGAUGCCGAACAUCGUGGCUAUCCACCACAAGCUGAUCCGUAAUGUGAUCGCGAGGCACGGGUGCUAUGAGGUGAAGACUGUGGGCGACUCCUUCAUGAUCGCGUGCAGGGAGGCAUACGCGGCCGUACAGGUUGCGUGCGAGAUACAGCAAGUGCUGUUUAGGCACGACUGGGGAACCUAUGAGGUGGACUAUGUCUACCGUGAAUUUGAGAUGCGAUGCCAGGAGGAGAACUCCGACUACAAGGCACCGACUGCGAUGCUGCCCCACAGCGAGUACAGGGCGCUGUGGAACGGGCUACGCGUGCGUGUCGGCAUCCACACUGGGCUACCUGAUAUCCGCUACGAUGAGGUGACGAAGGGCUUCGAUUACUACGGCGAUACAUCAAACAUAGCGGCGCGCACGGAAGCGAUUGGUAAUGGCGGACAGGUACUAUUGACGGAGUGGACGUGGUGGUCGUUAUCGCACACGGAGCGCGCGUCCUUGCGGUGCACGGAAUUGGGUCCACAGCGCCUACGUGGUUUAGAGCACCCUGUGGAUGUGUAUCAGCUGGACGGUUUGCCCGGUCGUCGGUAUGCGGAGCUGCGCACGGAAAUCGAUGUGGAGUUACCAAGUGCAGAUGACAGGAGUGAGGGGCCACUGAAUGCCUCGAGCACUAUACUCUUGUCGAUUACAGAGUCGGCUCAUAGUGCCGCGGCCGCUGUUGCGGCUGUGCUGACGAACUGCUUCAGCGCUUUCUCUGCUGCGGAGCGUGUGAAAGGGGUGCAGCCGUUGUUACAGCGGUGGAAUAUCCCUAUUCCACAGAUGACCCGCGGCAUGACCGAGGAGGACCACUGCCGGGAUUUGAUUAACCGUCUUGCUGUGAGAAUGUCGAUGUUGGCGCAGCUGCGGCCCCGUUUCAAUGAUAUGGGUGGCCUGGGCAACCCAUUCAGUUCACGCACAAGCGCGGCACAGCAGCAUGGCUGUUGGGCUGUGAGAUCCCAAGUGGGCGAUACUGCUGAUGAGGACCGCAUGGCUGUCAGCAUCGGUUCAAACAUGCAUAAGCGUCCCCUACUGCAGUUCGGCGACAGUGUGGACAGCGUUGAGAUCACCCUCCCCCUUGAUUUGGCAGCAAAAACAGAGAGAUAG